GAAGUAAUGUGUCUGCAUAUAGACUUUGUAGAUCUCGAAUGUCAUUGUCGACUAAGAUAGUCUCUAGCCUCUCACAUGACGACUAGCAACUCCGCCAAGUCGUGCUUCUUUCUCUCCAUCGCCCUGCCAAUUCGUAGCCAUCGCCAGUCUCGAAUGGCCUUUCUACCGCCUUGAGAGAUGGGGCCUUCCUUUCUCCUUCUCUAUUUCCUGUGACUUCCUGUAUACCCCGUACGUUUUUGGUCGGUUUCUCUCGUUGACCGUCUUCUAUCUACGGUGGCCUUGAGGAAUGUCCGCCCCACCAACGUCAACCCCAGCCGAUGGCGCUGGUUUUCAGCAAUCAUCGCUGCCGGCACAACCUCCCUCUCAACAAUUGAAUCGCUCGUGUGAAUCAUGUAGGGGUCUCAAAGUCCGUUGUUUGCCCGAUCCCGCGGCUCCUCAUCAAUGCCAGCGUUGCGCAAAGGCCCGGAGACCAUGUGUCUUCGUGGCUCCCCAGAGACGCCGUCCGCGCAAAAGAACCGAUUCUCGCGUCGCCCAGUUAGAGAAAGAAAUGCGCGUGAUGCGCUCUCUACUUAAGGACCGAUUACGUCCCGAUGCGAGCAGUCCAGAGAGUUCCAAGAGUGAGCGUGAGGAUUCACAGGAUCUCGACGCUGGCAUGGAACCCGUCGAGAACCCACUUUCUAUCCCGGAAGCCCCUAGCAGUACAGUAUCAAGCUCGGCCAGGCAUAUCGAUACUUCUCCUGGCAUUCCAGCGUCCGGUCCCAACCUCGACAGAGCUGGCUCUCUCCCAGAUCCAUCUUAUUUCUCUCCUGGGCCUUCUACCAUGUCACGGACCGACGAUGUGAUCGACCAGGGUCUCAUUGGUAUGGAGUUUGCUGAUGAAUUGGUCGAAAUCUUCAUUCAUGAUCUCGCACCAUUUUUUCCGGUGGUCGUGCUCCACCCCAGAACCACUGCUGUGAAUCUGCGUCGCUCCAGACCAGUGCUCUUUCUGUCGAUCAUCGCUGCAGCUGCCAUCGCCGUGGAUUCCGCCGUCGCGGCUGAACUCAAUCGCGAAAUGGUUCGACUAUAUGCAGACCGAUUCUUUGUGCAAGGUGACAAGUCCCUGGAGCUAACGCAGGCCUUGCUCAUCAUGAUCAUCUUUUACUACCCACCCGAUUCACCCCUAAAGCUUCAAGUCUACCAGUACACCCAUAUAGCUGCCACCAUGGCCUUGGAAAUAGGUCUGGCUUCGAAGCGAAAGGUAUCCAAGAAACCCACGGGCAAUGAUGAUGAUAAUGGUCCUUUUGAUGAACACAUGGCGGAACAAGCGAGGGCGAUUCUGGGUUGCUAUCACCUGGCCUCUGUGGUUGCCAUUAAAACGCGUCGACCGAACAUGCUCAUGUUCAACGACUGGAUGAGGGAAUGUGUCAAGCAUCUGGAACGCUCGCCCAUCCCGGUAGAUAGGCAUAUGGCCGCUUGGUUCGAACUCCAGAAAAUCACCGACGAAGCCAUGGCUUCUUUCGGACUGGACGAUACAAGCUCUACUGCACCAUUGACAGAAUCCCGCGUACAGGCUGUGUUGAGAUGGUUUGAUAAUCGCAUGCAGUCGUGGAAGAACAACAUUCCAACGGAAAUGUUUAAUGUGCCAUUGACUCUCGACUACCACCAUACUAACCUCUCUAUAUAUGAACUCGCCGUUGGAGAAGGGUAUCGCGAUCCUGAUGCAAUCACGAAGCAACAUUAUACCCUACCCUCUCUCGAAGAGGAUAGCAACGACCAACCCCCCGACAGUCCGCUGAGUGCCAUUCGGGUAGAUAUCACGAUGAAAUGGCUGAAUGCAGCUCAUGAGAUGCUCGAUUUUUUCCUCAGCUGCGACACGGACACUAUGCGAAAGAUGUCAAACCUCAUAUAUACGCGAGUAGGUGUAGCAUUUAUGUCGCUCCUCAAGAUAUACUUUUCGGUUCGAACCGGAUUGAUGGGAGAUUUCAUAAUGCCCCAAGAUGUCAACGUCGAAGUAUAUCUGGAUGGAUUGACCAGGCGACUUAGGGAGGCCGGCGAUGGCCUAAAGUACCGAAUCCCCAGUAGGUGGUAUUAUGUAUUCGCUGUCAAAGGGCGAAAUUGGUACGAAAAGUUCGAGAAGCGACAAUCAGAAAAAGAAGCUGGUAUGGUUCCUCCAAUGGAGUCCAGUUCAUCGACGACUCAAAGCUCCACACCUGGGCCAUUCCAGCCGCAGUUUGGGUCAGUUGACCAGUCUCAGAUGGGAUCAUAUAAUAUGGGCCUUGGAAUCUCUCAGACUCCUGCUUUCAGCCACAUGGGAUCGAGUUAUAGUGUUCCGACAGGCAUGAACACGCAGUGGUCAUCGGACCAAGGGAACCAUCUUCUCGGUUUGAAUCAGUUCGCAGGGUAUACGCCAUCGCCAACUGUACCAUCUCAUUUUGUAUAUGAAGCACCUCAGAAGUAUCCGGAUGAACGCCAGCCUGGUAAUUUCUAUCCUGCGGGAACAGGGUUAGAACUUGACGGAUGGUUGCCAGAGGGGGGUCUAUACGGAGCACCCAGAUUGCCGGAGUUUUGA